GCAUGUUUAGCAGGGCAGGUGUGCAUUUAUGAGUCUGUGGAUAGAAUGCUUAUUUUUGUGGGCUACAUAUAAGGUCCGUGUUGCUACUGCGAAUGAAAUCCGGCUACAAAGCCCAAGAAGUGACAAGAGGCCAUUAUGUGACACUUAUAGACAGCGGCUGUAGCACUUGAGGGACAAAGCCCCACUGGCUGUUCUGUUGUGUCACCCUGGGACAAGCUGUCCAUCCGCGCAAGGAUACAAAUCUAUAGGGGCGUUAUACGAUUUUUCUCCUUCAAUUCGCCACGUCCAUUAAUAUAAAGUGAGCGAAUAAUCACGCUGCCGUCGAUUCAUUAACAAUCAUCUUCAUUUCAGGCGGAAACUGUGCUUGGAAAAUUAGAAAAGACGGAAAAACGCCAGGGAAUUAUUUCCGCUCUCCCUGACACGCGGAGGAGUUCUGCGUGUUGUUCUAAGGCUGUGGGCAGGCAAAAAAAAUCCCAGAAUGCAGUUCGGCGGGAGGAGGCGGAGUGAAAUGGUGCUGGAGUUGGAGCUGAGGAGGCCACGCUGAGGCUUGGAGGACGCAAGGAUUAGUGUCACAGUCACAUAACACCCGGAAUGGCUGAGCCACCGGGAAGCAGCAGUUCCCCUCAGCAGCUGGAGACAGAGUUACACUUCUUAAUUGCUCGUUUCCUUUCAAAUGGACCGUACCAUAAAUCGGCAGAGGUGCUGAUCCAGCAAAUGAACGAAUCUAAGGUGCUUCCCAAACGGCUGGACUGGCUGGGAAAUGAACAUGGCAGAAGCUUUGAAGAGAUGAUAUCGGCGAACAAACACGUGUCUUCUGACCAUUUACUUAAAAUUUGUCAGCAUCUCGGCUCUCUCCUUGGCAACAUUAUUCCCUGUAAUGUUCAAACAGGAUCUUUAUUAGGUGCUGGGAAACAGUCUCUUCUGAGGACGGAAAAAGGAUGCAAGAAUGUCCAGUGGAAUAGACAGAUGCUCGCGGCUCUGCACAGAGGAAGACCUCCUGAAAUGCCUAUUAACAUCAGGUUUCCUCCAAAUGUUGCGGAGGUGAAUUAUGGGAAACAUUUGUCCGGUGCCCUCAGCAUUACAUCAGGUUUUCCUGUGCAACUUUACCAACGUAUGAAGAUGCACAGGCGGAUUCUCGGUCACCGCUCUUCCGUUUACUGCGUCGCAUUUGAUCGAACGGGUCACAGAAUUUUCACUGGUGCGGACGAUGGCUUGGUGAAGAUUUGGUCUGCACACAAUGGUCGCUUGCUAGCUACUUUACGAGGCCAUUCAGCAGAGGUCUCCGAACUUACUGUGAACUACGAAAACACACUAAUUGCUGCUGCGAGCUGUGAAAAAAUUAUUCGUGUGUGGUCUCUCCGAACCUGUGCACCAGUGGCUGUGCUCCAGGGCCACUCUAUCUCCGUUACCUCAUUGCUAUUCAGUCCCCUGAUUAAUGGUUCCGUGAGGUACCUGAUCUCUACUGGAGGUGAUGCAACAGUCUGCUGCUGGGAAUGGGACGUGGACACCUUACAGUUUAAAGAUUGUCCCAUAAAGUUUAUUGAAAAAUCCGGGCCAGGAGCGCAAAUGCUUUGUUGUUCCUGUAGCGCUGGGGGUAUGUACCUGGCAACAGGCGGCAGUGAUCAUGCCGUUAGACUAUAUUUUUUUGGCUGUGAAGCCCCGAAGAAGCUGAUACAACUUGAAGGCCACACUGAUAUAAUUGACAGUGUCCAGUUUGCAAACAGCGGAGAAAGGUUUGUAAGUGGAAGCAACGAUGGAACCGCUCGAAUCUGGUAUUUGUAUCAGAAGGACUGGAAAAGCAUUCAGCUUGAUAUGCGAGAGGGUGAUAAAGACGGUGAGGAGGAGGAAGAUCAGCUUAUGAGACCAAAGGUGUUAAUGAUUACAUGGGACCUCACUGAUACCAUGGUUGUUACUGCAAGCAAUCUCCAUUCUCUCAAGGUGUGGGAGUCCCAUACUGGGAAACUGCUCCGAGUUUUGUCUGGACAUCAGAAUGACAUAUAUGUUUUAGAGCCUCAUCCCUUUGAUUCCAGAGUGAUGAUCUCCGCAGGUUAUGAUGGAAAAAUCAUUAUUUGGGACGUGGCCAAGGGAAAGCAAAUAAAGUGCUACUGUAACACGAUUGAACACGAGGGACACGGUGCCAUUUUGGACUGCAAAUUGUCUGGGGAUGGACAGCACAUAGCGAGCACAGAUUCACACGGACACUUGCUCAUUUUUGGAUUUGGUUGCAGUAAACCUUAUGAAAAGAUACCAGACGAAAUGUUUUUCCAUACGGACUAUAGGCCUCUCUGUAUUGAUGGCAAUCAUUAUGUGUUGGAUGAGCAAACCCAGCUGGCACCGCAUCUCAUGCCUCCUCCGUUCUUGGUGGAUGGUGAUGGGAAUCCACAUGAACCAAAGUAUCAGCGCCUGGUACCUGGAAGAGAGAAUUUUGAAGAUGAGCACUUAAUUCCUCAGCUUGGAUACAUGGAAACCAGCGAUGGAGAAAUUGUAGAACAAGUAAUUGGCCAGCAAGCAAGCAAUGAUCCGCAGAAUGCCGAGCCCAAUUCUCAGGAAGGAAUAAGACCACCUCUAAUAGCAGAUGGGCAAAGAGAAAAUACCAACUCUGCUCCAAGCACUGGUGCUUCCCACAAUGGUCAGGUUCAAGGGGUACGACAAUUACAAAGCAGUUCCAUUUCGAGUCAGACCUCUGCUGAGCGAGACUAUCUAGCAUGGAGACGCAGAGUUGUUGUCCCGGAGAUUGACUGCAGUGUGUACAGGCAACAGGAGGAAUUCAGACUUGAGAAAGCACGGGAAGAGAAAGCAUACUUUCUGAAACAGAUUUUACAGCUGAGUUUUCAGGAGAAUCAUUUUCCAGCUGAAAAGCAAAAUGUGAAAAGCAACAAGAGGCCAAAGUGUCGCAGUCCAUCACCCCGGCCUGAUGUGGAACAAUUCCUUGAUCUCUCUUGUGAAGAAGGCGAAGAAACAGAGUCUAGAGCGUCAGAGGAAGAGAUCAGCACUGUGGACGAUACAUCAAGUCAUGUGUCUACUGACAAAGAAGAAGACUGGAGAAGUGAAGAGUCAAGUGAGUACUCAGACUGGACUGUUGAUGCUGGAAUCAAUCUGCAACCACCUAGCCGCAUUUCCACACGGCGUCAGUUAAAGACCAUAAUUACAAGUUCCGAGGAGGAAGAGGAGGAGGAAGAGAGCUCUGCUGAGGAACGAUUAUCUUCUCCAAAGAAGAGGAUUCCAAAACGAAGACGUUCCAAUUCGGAGGUGCAGAGUGCAGGAAGGCCGCUGUCUGACGGGGAGAAUUUAACUGAUUUGCACCCCCCUCUUUGGAUAACAGACACAACACCCAGAAGAUCUCCUUUUGUUCCUCAGAUGGGGGAUGAUGUAAUAUACUUUCGACAGGGCCAUGAAUCUUACAUCAAUGUGGUCAAAAGAAACAACCUCAACUUUCUGAAAAAGCUGAAAGAACCUUGGAAGCACAUCAUGCUACGGGACCAGGAACUUGUGAAAGUUGUAGGAAUCCGCUACGACGUUGGUCCUCCUACUUUAUGUUGCCUCAAACUUGCCUUGAUUGACCAUGUUACUGGGAAGUUCACAAAUCAGUCAUUUUCCCUCAAGUAUCAUGAUAUGCCCGAUGUCAUUGAUUUCCUCGUGUUAAAGCAGUUCUACGAUCAGUCUUGUCAAACAGACUGGCAUGCUGGUACGUUCUUCAGAGAAAGCGACAGGUUCCGCUCCAUUAUAGACGAUGCUUGGUGGUUUGGAACAGUUAUGGAUCAAGAGCCAUACCAGCCCGAUUACCCAGACAGCCUAUUUCAGUGCUACACAGUGAAGUGGGACAACACGGAAAUAGAAAGGUUAAGUCCUUGGGAUAUGGAAAUCAUUCCAGCUUAUGUGAGUCCGCCUUCAGAACUAGGAACCAGCAUUUCCCUCAACUCAGAUGAGCUAGAAGAGUUGCUGUACAGUCCUCAAAAAGGAGAAUGGGGUAAUGGGGAUCAAGACGCUGAAUGCGAACGCAUUAUUUGUGGCAUCGACCAGAUCCUUUGUAUGGAAAUCGCCACUCAAUUUGCUGCUCCUGUUGACUUGAAUGUAUAUCCAACCUAUUGUACAGUGGUUUCCUACCCAACGGAUCUAAGCACAAUACGGAUGAGACUUGUGAACAGAUUUUACAGGCGAUUGUCUGCUCUGAUCUGGGAAGUGCGAUAUAUUGAGCUUAACGCCCGGGCCUUCAAUGAACCAGACAGCUCAAUAGCUAAAUCUGCAAAGAUCAUUACAGAUUUACUGUUACGGUUCAUAAUGGACAGCCGCUGCCGAAAUAUUUCUACCCUGUGCAACAGUGCAGAGGGAGACGAGGAGGAGGAAUCAGCUGAUGAACAGAAGCAAAAGAGGAGAGACAAAGAUGCUAAAUCUAAGGAGGAUGCCUGGAGAAUUCAAUGUCUGGAACUGACAAAUGCUGUACUGGAGCAUGAGGAUUCAGAGCCUUUUAGGGAACCUGUUGACCUAUACGAAUACCCAGACUAUCUGGAUAUUGUUCAAUCCCCUAGAGAUUUUGGAACAAUAACGAAAUAUUUGGAUUUAGGAGGAUACAACAGCCCUCUUGAGCUUCGGAAAGAUAUGAGAUUAGUGUUCUCCAAUGCAAAAAUGUACACACCAGAUAAAAGAUCCAAGAUCUACAGUAUGGCAUUGCGACUUUCUGAAUUUGUAGAGGCAAGAAUGGACACCAUUAUCUCUGGCUAUAAAGCUGCCUGUAACUACAAACAAAAAGAGAAUGAAUCCAAUUCCUUGAAGAGCGCAACUAAAAACGCAAAGCAAAGGCGGUUAAUAUCAGAGUCUGAGAACGAAUCUGGCCAGGAGCCUUGUUCAUCCCGAUCUACCUCAAGUGAAGUGUUUUCUAAUAACAGCCGGGACAGUAUUGCCAGCACCUCUGGCGCGUCCUCUCAUAGAGGCGUAUUGGGCAAAUCCACUGCCUCCGCUGCUAAAAUUGCUCCAGUAAUAGCUAGUAGCUCUUCAUCCAGCACCUCUGCUUCCUCAGAAAGUGAAACAGAUUCCUCAUCAUCUACCUCUGAUUCAGAAAAUUCCUCUGGUUCUGAGGAAGCUGAAAGCAAUAAAAAGUCGGCAUCAAAGUCCCAUCCCAAAGUCAACACAUUGGUAAAAUCAGUGGAUCCAGCUAAAAGGAAUGUGAGAACAGCAACUACAAAACAAGAAUCUCAGGGUAAUCACCAACAGAGAAUGACUUCAAGUAAAAGAAGACACGACAGUGAUUCAGAAGAAUCUGUGCCUAACCACAAAGUAAACAGUAAAUCCAAUACAAAGAAGAAAAUGCUACGCAAGAGCGCCGCCCUAGCAGCUAAUAAAAUAAAGUGCAUGAGUGAUAUUGAAGGCAGCAUGUCCUCCUCAGACAUAGAAUGCCGGGAAGGAAAGGGCAGUCGGACAUUACCCCAACGAGCAGCUGCGGCAGAAGCUAAAAAACAUCUUAUGGAUGGCUCUGGGGAAGAGAACACUUUGAGAAGCGAUGGCGAUCAACAACCUAGAAUGGAGCCAAAUGCAUUGUGUGCUUCUAAAUCUGUCCGGAGAAUUAGAAGUAAUUCUAGUGGCUCAGAGGGUGGAUCAAAAUAUCUCUCUUCCCAUGAGUCUUCAUUAAGCUAUGAAAGUGAAGAUGAACAUCCCAUAAAUGGCAAAAAUUCUGACAAAGAAAUGAGUGAGUCUUCUAUAGCGGACUCUCCUUGUAAGCGCUCAACCACAGUGUCCCGGAGGCUUGUUAGUGAAUCAGACUCUGACAUUUCCUCUGCGGAAGAGCAUCAGGUAACCAAAAAGAAACACACUGUGCCUAAAGCAAAGAUAGCAGCCGAAAAAAUUUCGACUUUGAAAAAGACAAAAAAAAUGAAACCACAAAAAGACCUCGCAAAUUCUCAGAAACCCAGUAAAAAGUAUGCUGAUAAAGUCAAUGAGAGGGCUUUUGAUUCUACAGAUUCAGACUCUGACCAUGGGUCUACCAUUGUAAAGAGGAAAGUACGCACAAAGGUUGUGUCUUCUCUCUCCUCACCGCCUCGAAAAACAAAAGUAGUGAGCGAUUCUGAAGAGACUCUCGAUUCGGAGUACUUUGGUUCUGAGGAAGAGCUUCCUCAGUCUAAAUCUAUCAACAAAACGGAGUCGUCUUCAGAGUCCAGCUCAUCUUGCUCAGAUUCCGGGUCGUCUUUUUCAGACAGCAGCAGUAAUCGCGACCGUAAAGUAAAUGGAAAAACUGUCGCUUUAAAACCCAAGGAACCCGAGUGCAAGAGGAAACGAGCAAAGAGCAGCUGUGAUGACGACUGGGAGGAGCUGAACUAUAAGCAACGCAAGAAACUAACUCGCCAAGCUAAGAUACCAACGAGGAAUCGAGGAAAGAGGAGAGUCGGACACGAUGAUACGGACAGUGAUGAAACCGUCAGUCGCAGGAAGUCUACCAAUAGGCGGCUAAGGAAAGUGUCUGCCAGGGCAAGAGCCAGGCAGUUCCUACUGUGAGAAGAAAUUCUAGUGGAAACUCUUGACAGACGUUGACUUUUUUUAUCCGUUCAGAAAUUCAGGGAUAAUAUUUAUAUUUUUCUAUGAAAAAAAAAUAAAUCUAUAAAUAUAAGUUUAAAACUGAAUUUAUUUUGGUUUGCACUUGAUUAGCAUUCAUGGCCGUGUGGUUCUCAACGGGUGACUACAUCCCAGCCAGAAAUUCUCACUUGUUAUUUCGUAGAACAUGAAACUGUUGACCUUCAUUGUUUCGCCAGUGAAAGGAUACUGUGAUCGUUUAUUUAUUCUCUUCUAUGGUUAGCCAAGUUGAUAAAAAGUAUUACCUCUGUUAUUGUUUAGUACAGUACAUUUAUUAGGGAUCACUACUGUCAGUCUGACAAGCUGUCUAGCUGUCCGUUUUUGGCAGUUUGUGCUGGGCAGUGCUCUCAGAUUAGCUUUGCUGAAAGAAACGUUCAAAAAGUUGAAACUAGAGCGUGAUCAUUUAAACGUGGACAACAAUGGUGAUGUUAAAGGGUCAGUCCAAUUGACUCUUGUAUGAAUAUGGCUAGCCUUGGGAGUAUUAUAGUAAGCCUUUGUAAGAGGAGCUACUUAUAAUUAAUUCACUUUUUUUUUUUUUUUUCCCCGAAAGCACUUGGGCAACUAUACGAUGGACUUAAAAAGUCUGGUAUCGCGACUUUAUCUUUUUACUUUUUGGGCUUAACUGAAGUCUGGCUCGUGUGUAGUCACCAAGUUGUGGAGUUGAGAACACUUAAGCUUUCGCACCUAUACCAAUUUGUGCCUCAAAAUGGGGCAGCCAAAAUCUGGGAGCAGACAUUUUGUAUCUUAAAAAAAAAAAAAGAAAAAAAAAAGGGUGGUGUUUAACUGUUAAACUUAAUGGGCUGCAUUGAAAUCUACUGUCGGUAAGCCUCGUCGGAGUGCUCGGGCGCUUCGCUUCUGAACAAGAAUUUGCACAUUUGUUCUUUAAGUUUACAAAAAACUGUUAUGGCUACAGCAUUUUGUAAUCUUCAUGUCAAAAGUUGUGUUUUGGGUUUAAAAACGAGCAGCUUUAUUGCUUUUUAUUUAAAAUCAAUAUGAGUUUACUUGUAAGAAAUCGUCAUGUUUCUAAAUGGCCAACGCGGUUUCACGUUUGCUGUUUUUUUUUUUUUUUUUCAGUACGUUCUGGUCAGCAUCGUUCGAAUGUGUUCCGCAGAAUCAGUUGUCACAGUGAUCUUUCUUUAUUCACGAAACCUUGCCGACGUCGAUCUUUCCGACAUUUCGGAAGCAUCGCAUUCUCCGUUUAAUUGCAUAAGUCUCUGUUCUAGUGUUACUAAUUUAAUUCGGGAUUGUAAAAGAAUGAAAUCGGUAAACGGUAUAUAGUCAUUCGUCCACAUUUGGUGAAACUGUCGUUUAAUAAACAUUAGGGCUCCAUUAUGUUGCUUCGGGUUCUCCCUAAUGCCCCGUGUAGGGUUCGCACUGUCAUAUGAGGCACAGAGUUUCUGUACUUGUAUAGUUCUAAAAAAAAAUAGUUGUUGAAGAGUUGUUUUGACUGUCGGCAAAUGGCAGGCCGCGUGUUUUUGUUGCCCCAGCAUUUUACAGCUUUGUGAUGUCGGACAAAAUACUCACAAUUACCGCCGGGUACUGUCAAGUGGCUGCCUCGUACCAUCUGAAAAUACUGCGAGUGAUGUCUCUAUUGCUUGACCGGACUCGUCGUUCUCACUCUUUGAGGGGGGGUGAUCGGCACAUAGAGCGAAUUUUUUUUUAUUUAAAACACUGCCACUACCCUACUAGGGGAUGUUCACCUUUGAAUAUGAGCUAAAACUAUUUUGUAUUGGUCUUCUUUUUUUGUUUUUUAAAGUGAUUCGAUAUCAAGAUAAUGAUCACUGAAGUAGCGUAGCACUUAUGCAGAAAGCAUUGAAUCAUUACUGCAUGUGCCCCUUCCAUUGGCUUCAUUGGCAUAUAUAUUGAUAUGAUUGGCUGGUUGGAUUCAGCGAGUGGGCUCAAUCGAGUAGUAGCUCUUCAUGCCUAAACGUUGUCCUUCCUGUAGGUCAAUGCAAACACGUCUCUCAAUCGCCUUCAGCCAGGAGGUCGCAUCAGCGAUGCUUUGCUUCGAUGCCGAUUAUCUUGACGUCGGAUAUUUUUAAAAACAAAACGAGAACAGACCAAUUUAAAGUUUCUAGUGGCAGAGGUGUCUAUAUUUGGACUUUUGUCCUUUUAUAGAUAAAGUCCGCUUUCCGUGCAACAGACGAGCCUCAACUUUGACUGCAGUCUCUUGCUAUGACAGUUGCAGGUAACACUUAACCAACUGUUUCUGUAGAAGAUCAGCAUCUUUCUUUUAACAUCAGGGAAUGGGGCCCUCAUCUCCUCCCCUCCUUCAUUUCGACCGGUGUCCAUGUAUUAGUAUUUUAAAGCUGAUCUGUUCAUCUGCAGAUUGUGCCAACGAAAUACUUUGUUGCUGCAGGGAAAACAUUAGAAAACAACAAACAAUAUUUGGCCAAUGUAAUUUGCCAUUUCUCGUUUUAAAGGGAUGGCAUGUCCGGUGCUCAUGUUAUUUAAUACACAAUUUUCAUUUCAAUGUUUUAAUAUUCAUGCAUGUGCGGCUUGUAUGUGAAACUUGCAUUAAUUCUGCCGCCCAACAAUACGAAAAGGCAUCUUUUGCACUGUUUGUACUUCGGAUCAAAUCUCUUCCUAUGUGAGUGGGGGGGGGGGCGUGUAGAAAUGCAAAUGUUCAUCAUGAAUUAAUUAUUUCUGUUUCAAUUCACAAAGUAUUUUUCUGCUCCAAAGUAAAGAUUAAAAGCAA